UUUUGAAAUAAAAAUGAGCUCAAACUCUGAUUAGUAAUCAUGUUUUCUAAUUCCUUAGUCAAUUCCUUUUCAAAGUAUUAUUAAUUGGAAAUUCUGGUGUUGGCAAGUCAUGUAUGCUUAUGAGAUAUUCUGUAAUAAUCCCUCAUUAAUGUUUAAGGAAAAUCAAUUCACCAACAAUUUCUACAACACUAUCGGAGUGGAUUUCAAAACUAAAACUGUUGCCAUUGGUGAACACAAUGUUAAAUUGCAAAUUGUUAAUAAUUAUUAUAUACCAUAGUGGGACACUGCAGGCUAAGAUAGAUUCAGAACAAUAACUUGCAGCUAUUAUCGAGGUGCCCAAGGUAUCAUUAUCGUUUAUGAUAUCACUGACAGAGAGUCCUUUGAAAAUGUGANUUGGCAGGUGAAAAUAAAGAAUAAUUGUUGUCAUCUCCAAUCAUUCAAGGCUUAAUCAAAAAAGGAUAUGAAGUCUUAUUGUUGGAAGAUCCAGUCGAUGAAUUCACAUUCUAACACUUGAAUGAAUACAAAUAAAAGAAACUCGUUAAUGUUGGCAAAGGUGACUUCAAGCAACCAGAAGAUAAUGAUGAACAAAGAAAGAAAUAAAAGGCAUUGAAGAAAGUGUUCUAACCCUUGACUGACUGGUGGAGAAAGUUGUUAUCAGAAAAUGUUGAUUCAGUUGUCAUUUCAUAAAGGUUGAUUGAAGAUCCCAUCAUUGUGGUUUCCUCAGAAUCAGGAUAUUCAGCCAAUAUGGAAAGAAUAUCAAAAGCAUAGGCUUAUUCAAGCAAGGGUAGCAAUUCUCAACAAUUUGGUAAGAAGAUUGUUGAAAUCAAUCCAAAUCAUUAAGCUAUAUAAGAAUUGUUAUAGAGAGUUAAAGAUGACCCUGAUUAAGAAACUGAAGAAAUGGCUAGAGUUCUCUAUGAAGCUGCUUUAGUCAAUUCAGGUAUAUUAUUUAAUUGAUUGUAAUCUAGGAUAUUCAAUCCCAAAUCCAGAAAAGUUUGCUAGUAGAUUCUAUAAAUUAUUUAAUUCAGCCUUGGGUAUUGACAGAGAUGCUCCAAUUAAGGAAUUCGAAGUUGAAAUAGAAGAGGAACCCGAGACAUCUUCUGAACCAACCAUCGAUUAAGAUGGAACUAAAUGGGAAAAAGUAAACACAGAUGACGCAAAAUGGGAAACUGUAAGUGAUGAUAAAAGAGAUGAUUUAUGA